GACGAAUUAAUUCAAAUAUAGACGUCCAUCGUACGGCCGCGACCAGCUUCAGAUUAGUGCUUUGCCAUGCUAAUUGUGCAAUCCAGAAUCCAACACAAACCAUGCACUCUGCCCACGCACCGUUUCCUUUCGAUCUUUCAUGUCAAUCAGACAUCGAGUCAUCAUCCUCUGAGUCACUACCAUUAUCCUCCUCGAUGGCAGGCACCUCAAAACGAGCAGCCAGCGAUUCAAACUCACCCACCUCGUCCACAAAACCCAGCCCGUCCCACUCGAACUGACAAUCGGCAUCGCCGAGGUGCUCGUUGAAGCCCUUGAUGACGCCCGUGAGGCCGUACUCCUCCGCCUCGUCCAGCCGCGCCUUGUGGACCACCUCUCGCAGACCGAAAGGCCUCCUUCCCUGCUGGCCGACCUCAGCGGAAAAGCACCGCAGUGGUGGGGCAUGCACCACCUGGCCGUCCGCUUCUCGACUGCCCCCCACCACCUCCGUGUUGCCACUCGCGUGAAAUACAGCAGACGCGACGAAGUGGUCCAUGGCUUCAUGAACGCGAUGGCCGAGUCUGCCGUGGGAGCGUAGUUGAAUGCCGCUGACGGUCUGGUGUGCAGUGUCUCUGUCGAAGCAAAGUGCGGCGAUCCGCCAUGCGAUGCCCGCUGCCUCUUGUGGGCCGAAAUGGAGGAGGGAGGGGACGGGGUCGUUGGGUGGGCCGUCAUUGUGAGGCGUGAGGGGCAGCAGAUGGGUCAGCAGAGCGGCAAUCUCACGUUGGGGCCUGAGUGCAGCGUUGACGGCGUUCAUGACCUCAUCAGGAAUGGCGUUGAGGAUGCGCACAUACUCAUGCUUGACAAUCUCGCACUCGCGCUGACGCUCGAUGGUCUUGUUUGCUGCGUCGCCUUCCUCAGUCGAGGGCGGAUCGGAUUCUUCAGCUGGCAGAGGCGCGUCGGCGCGCCAAUGCAGUCGAAUCUUCUCUUUGCGCCGACGCUCGAUGGCCUUGGUUGUUGCGUCUCCUUCCUCAGUCGAGGGCGGAUCGGAUUCUUCAGCUGGCAGAGGCGCGCCAGCGCGCAGCAGCAGUCGAGUCUUCUCUUUGGCCAUCUCGAUAGUUUUCUCUCGUUUCUCUCUCGCCCUUCCCUCGGUCGCCAGCGGCUCUUCCAGCGCACACCUGAUAUCGCGACUGAAGCAACGCAUCAGCUGAGGACCCUCCUCCAUCAGGACACUCGCCGGCAGAUGCUUGCAGAGAAACUCCAGCAGCCGGGGCUCGUCGACAAGGUAUGCCUGAUCGAUCGGCCUCACGCGGUCCUCUCGGUCAUCCCAGUCGUCGCCGCCCCGACUGUUGAGGGGAGCGCCGAACUCAUAGAGGAGCUCAUAGAAUCCACGAGCGAAGUUCAUAGUGAAGCAUGCAUGGUCCACGAUCCCGUGGAUGGGCUGAUAUGUCCCGUCAUAGUAAAAGUCAGUCGCCAGGCUGCGUUUGUGCUUCAACAAGCGGCGGAUGCACGGGAGAAGCGCGUCGAAGUACUGCUCAUACACAUCCUCGGGCGGACAAGGCGUGUGCUCCUCAUCAAUAAAAAACAAUAUGUGCUCGUCAACAAUGGGAUUGUCGCUGAGAAUACCAUCCAAAGCCGCGAGGUUGGCUUUGUGGAAGGCCAUGGUCACCAACUCCUUGUCACCACGUGCUCCUCCCGCAAUCAAGGCUUUGACGAUGUGCUUCUGUCGCUUGCGAGAUGGCCACAUCGGAAGCACAACGGGAACUCCGGUCGCCUUCGUCUGCCUCGUGUGUUGCCAGUUCAGACCAGGGCAUCCACCUGAUGGCAUCGAGAAUUGCCACACGAAUGAUAUGAAUGUAAUGUUACCCUUGUCCCACGGCUUGCCUGUUGGAUCGUCAAUCGCCAAAUCAAUCAAACCCAACUCCAACUCGUCCAAUCUAGAACGUCUCCUCCAACUCGACAUUUUUGGGAUCCGCAUGCGGGUGAUUCUCACUCGCAGACUUGCAUCCGCCCCCUGCUGGAUCAGCCUCGACACGUCACGCCCUGUGAUGUUCCGCCGCAGAAGCCGACACACUAACCUCUCGCUGGCCUCAUUCGUGUCGGCGGGAAAGAUGAUGGCCACCGAGCGGUCGUUGAGCACUACUUGACGCUCAUCACUGCCAGCGUUGGACGAGUUGCUGCUUGGCGCUCCGGCAUCACCAGCCAGAAAGUCCUCGAGGGCAAGACGAUAUCGACGCCUCUUGUGUUUGCCUUCUUGGUCAGGCGGGAAGUCAGCCAGACGCUUGGGAUGGUCUGGAGGUCGCUCGCGAGGGGGAGGCACUGGCACGUCCCGGCCGCUCCUCGUAUGGACCAUCACGGAUGGACGCACUGAUGGGGUGAAUGAGAGACGGUCAGCAAGUUGCUUGGGGUGGCGUGGUGGACCGUUUCUCAGGCUCAUGCUGUUGGUUGCCGGCUCAUCGGGUGGUUAGGGGUAGGUGUGGGUCGCUGGAAGGACGGUGGAGGGCUGGAGAGAGUGCCGCUGGGGAAGAGGGGACUGCUGCUGCAGGUGUCUGACCAAGAUGCCUGCGUCAC